AUGUCGACACAGCGAGAUACCGGCAUCCCAUUCACCCAUGCUCCUGAUGGGGUCGGGUACAAGCUGAUGGAGCUGCCGCCAGAGCUGCUCGAGGCCCUAGAGUCGGACAACCCUCCUGUCUUGACCCUGGAGUCAUCAGAAAACUCGGCCGUCCUAAAGAGUGGUACCCAAUCGUGGGGCCUCCGUCAGAAAAACACAUCGAACGCCCUCAUUUUGCUCAGACCUUCCGAGAGUACACAACCAUCGUGGCAGAUACCCGAGACGGCCCUCAAGGCUGUUGCGACGGUCCAUGACACGAUCGAACUUGUUUCCGAACCUUCGGGCAAGGCAGCACCAGUCGCGCGUGGCAGAUGGCACGAGAAGUUUGCUCGAGGAAGAUGA